CAGCAACAAACGACAUAGCAUCAUCUUUCUUUCUUUCUCUCUUUGCAGCUCUGGAGCUAACCCAAAUUACAAAAAAAGAAGGAAAUUUAGGACAGAACACUCUUAUUAUCUCUUUCUUUCUUUUUCUCAGGAACUUUCUUUCUUUUAUCUUUCUCUCUGCAUAAGCUUCAGCAACAAGAGAAGAGAAGAGAGGCCUCUCUUUUAAUUUUGUUGAUGUUCAAUUCUUGAAAAAGCAUGAAGCUUUCAAGAAGUGCUUCUUUAAUGGAAAAGGAUAAGAAGUACGAUAGUAAACAAGGGAAGAAGGUCGAUGAUGGGCUUUUGAAUGGAUUCUCUAUAUCCUCUACUCCUAAUAUCUCCUGGAAAUCUAGAAGGAGAUCAGAAUGGUAACUUCUUUCCAACAGCUAGCGCGAGGAAUUCUGACAAGGUAACAAACGACACUGCUAAUGAAACACCACCCGACAAACAGGAAGAAUCUUACAAUGACGAAAAGAUGGAGGAGCUAAAUGCAGUUCCAGUGCUUUCUGAGAAGCGGAAGGCUCUCUUUGAACCACUGGAACCUGUAAACAAUAUCAAUGGCCGGCGACCAUCAGCUGAAUCUCUGCUCCCUCCACCAGAUUUUGAUGCCGCAAGCUAUCCAAAGGGGUGGCUGAUUGGAAAGAAGCGUAAGCUUGUCAAUGUAGAUGUUGUCGAGAGCAUGCGAAGGAUUGCUGUUCAGGAAAUGAACAGAAAGGACCGGGAGAUUGAUGGCCUAAACGAACAAUUGGAAGAAGACGCAAGGUGUCUAGAGCACCUGCAAGUACAGCUUCUGCAGGAGCGGAGUAAAAGAGCAGAGGUAGAAAGAGAAAAUACCAUGCUGCAAGACCAAGUAACCAUGCUGAUGAACAUGCUGCAGGACAACGAGCCAAUGGGUGAUGAAGGCGCAGGAGAUGAAGGUCCUGAUGAACCUUAAACUAGCUGUCUCAUCUUGUUUUAUUGUUUUGUAGGUUUGCUUGCAGAGUUAGAAGGAAUCAUACAUGCAUAUAUACAUUAGUCUUGUUAUAAUAGUUUGCUGGAGAUGGUACUACGUUGUGCCUGCUUGCUGUUGUUUGCAUUUUUUAGUCCCAUAUUUCUUGAAAGGUAUAUGUAUUUAAAUAAUUCUUCUUGGUUAAUAACAACUUAAUAAUUGCAAUUCUUUGAUGCCUA